AUGGCAGAGGAAGAAUAUCUUGAUGAAGCCUGGCCAACUGGACCUCAACUCCUGCCUAAGGAGCCAUAUCUAAGGGCCAAAGUUCAUUUUGGGGUUGCUUACAUCUCACAGGUAUUCAUAUAUUUCAUUGGUUUCCUCUUGUCUGGUAGAAAUGUGCAUCAUUAUCUUGUGCUAGUGCAGACUUUACAGACCGUUUCCAAACUCUACGAGCCCAACAACGAAGGACAGGAGAAAAUCGUUGAAGAAGUGCAUGAGAAGCUGAAAAUUUUGGAAGAUGGUGUCAAGAAAUUCUACUUCCCAGAGGGAAGUCCCGUCCACAUUGAUGCUGAAAAGCUGGGGAUCCUAGACAUCAUGGUUUUCGCAACCUUUGGUGGCUACAAGGCACAGGAACAGGUUCUUGGUGUGAAGAUUAUCGAUGCUGAGCAGACUCCACUCAUCUUCUCAUGGCUUCAAGCUCCGAAUGAGGUGUCUGUGAUCAAGGAAUCUGCAGUUCCUCAUGAUCACCUGGUUGGUCUUCGACAGUUUCUGACACAAUCAGCUGGCAGCCAGUGA